GUCUGGACCUCUUGCUUCACGCAAUCCCAAGCGACCGUGGCGCUGGGCUGUGGCUGGGUCAGCCGGGGUCGGGGUGGUGGGUGGCCUUAGGCUAAGGGUGGCUGGAGUGGGCUGGCCCGAAUAGGCCGAAAAAGAGUGGUCGAAUAAGACGGCGACAGCUGGGACCCAAAGAGAGACUCCCUCAGCUUGUCCCUCUCUUCGGCUCCCUAUCGCAUCCCAGGCUGGCUCUUUGACUUCCCUUCUGCGAUGCUGGCAGACGUCCCAUGUUCUAUGCUGACCGCCUAUCAUUCGAUCGAACGCAAUGGAAUCCCCCUUAACCCAACAAAGUAGACCCGAAACCUUCAAGCCUAAGAUCGUGCAACUAUACGAGAACCUAUUCCAAACUACCGACUAUGCAGAGCCAUCUGAGGGGUUCUGGAGGGAAUUCUUCUUGCUGCCCCCUGAUCGCACCCGGCUUACUGCAGUACUAGAGCAGCUCAGUCCGGAUGAGACCCUCAACUUACAGACCCAAUUCCAGCAGCUUUUUGCUCGUGCAAUCCGCGAAGCUGCCUCUGCAUCCAGUCCUGCGGAUGCUUAUGCACUGGAGACCUUGACGGUCUUCUUAGUAUGUGUCUUGAAGAAAAAGUACACCAAUCCCAGCUCAGAUGUCAUCACUGUUCUUGCCGGUCUUGACGAAGUGGAUCAUGCUAUCUCCAACUUUGUCGCCGUCCUCGAUGGCAUCAUCCGGAAUGGCAGUAAUUAUGAUCUCCGUCUCAAGGCCAUCAGAACCGGCAUCGCAAUGACGGCUGGAGCAUACAAGACGAGCUUGGUCUCCUAUUUCACACAUCGGGACCUGUUUCCUUCCCUCAUGAAGUUCAUCCAAGAAACCGACAGCCCGAUGCAAGUGUUCGAGCCGUUCGUUCUUCUAGGUUUGCUGGCAAACUACAACAAGUUCGAAUUUCAGAAUCCUUACCAGCUGCGGCUCGAUGAUUUCGUCAACGAGUCUAGCAUCCAAAAGAUCGCCAAGGGCGUCGGUCUCUCCUGUGGCGCUCUGAGGAACGGCUACGUUGCAGUGCAAGAUGACUCCCCAGAGGGAUGGACCCUGAUGGGUACUCUGAUGUAUUUCGGACUGGGUGUGCUUGCCCCGGGGAAGAAAGAAAAAGCCACCGCACCCACUGCGGAAGAGGCCAAAGAUCUAUUUGCUGCGCUACCGGCCCAGCAAGCAGCUAUCCUCCUCGCCACCUACGACUUCAUCAACGCCAACAAGCUCUUCGGCUACCAUCUCAUCAGCGCCACCCCCGAAAAAGACAACGAGGAGACCCCAUUCGCCUCCUUCCUCUCCCUCACCUCUUACCUCCUCCAGCACGCCUACCGCUCCCCCCGAGUCGCCCACUACGCCGAGCUGAAUCUCCUCACCCUGCGCAUCCUCUCCGAAGACAGCACACUAUGCAAGCAACUCUGCAGCGAAGAAAGCAAGCGCAAAGUGCGCCUCUGCCGCCAGCGCCAGCCCUACCUCCCCCUCGUCCCCGGCGACCGGGUCCUCGCAACAGUCAUCUUCGACAUCCUCAUCGACACCCUAACCCAUAACCUCCGCCGCCGUCUCGACGUCAGCCUCUACAGCCACUGCAUCGCCGUCCUCCUCCGCCUCCUCACCUACCUCUCCAUGAACAAAAUCCGCCUCCCCUACCACUGGUCCGAACUCUGGCGCACUCUCCUCUCCCUCAUGCGCUUCCUCACCACCUACGCCCCGGACCUAACCACCAACCCACACAUCACCACCCUCACCACCACCCUCAUCAACCUCAUCGCCUUCUGCGUCUCCUCGGGAGACACUUUCCUCCCUGACCCCCUCUCCUACGACGAUCUCUUCUACAAGCUCGUCGAAACUGGCCCCAUCAUCACCCGCUUCCGCGACGUCUACAACUUCAAGACCUCUCCCUCCGCAGACCCCUCCAGCAAGGACGUCCACGUCGCCGCCAUCGAUACCCUCAUCUCCGUCUCCACCCACUUCUACACCCUGCUUUUCGUCCCGGAUCAGAACCCCGAUGCGGGCGGCGAGGCCGCGCCCGUGCCAGCGAAUCUGAAGAAGCAUUUGAGUCCGCGCGAGGUUCAUCGCAUUAUUAAGCAGGGGUAUGAGACACUUAGUAUUCAGCCGCCGGAGGGGUUGAGUGCGUGGACGAGGUAUCGUGAGGCGGACUGGAAGAUGGAGUUGAAGCGCGCGGCGAGGUGUACGGUUGAUGAUGCGAGGGGGUUGGUUGUGUGAGUGUGAGGGUUGAGUUGGGGUUGUUUGUUGGUUUUGUUGUGUUGUGCUUUGUGGUUUGUUUGUGUUGUUUGGUACAGUGAGGUAGAUAGGUGAAAUAGUCUUUUUUUUCUGCUAGUUUGUGUUCAAUUUAUACCUCGGGGGGUGGAUAAGUAUGGCUAUAUUUCAUUCUUUGUAUCCGUUGCUUGGGACAUUCUGGGCUGAUCAUGAGAAAACGGACGGGGAAGAUUGGUUUCGCCAGCUGAAUCCAAUUCUAUCCUAAUGUUACAGUAAAAGCAUUAUCGCCAUAGCAUACAUGAGACAGCCUCAUUCUCGCUGCU